ACUAUAUUAAUCAAAUUUUACUUUGCUUUUAGGAGCUGGCUUAUGUCAAGAAAAUCCCCUAGGUGACCUCGAGCAAAAGGCAGUUACACCAGUAGAGUUUGACAAUGGUGACCAGUAGAAGACUAUGUUUACUGGGCAAAUCCCAACUGUGAAUAUGAUGAAUUGUGUAAGUGGGAGAGGGGGUAUUGGUCAUAACAAAUGUGUGCCUAGCUAAACAAAGGUAGUGUGAAUACAAGAGUUGAUAAGUGUUAUCCCUUCGCUGUAGAUUGGAGCAUUCAAAUGAAUCUACAUGGGCUGGACAAAGAUGCAAUAUUAUCAGGUGCAUUGUUCUGAAUUGUAUUUAAGAAGAUGCCAUCCUCUGUUUCAACAGGCUUCCUCUGUCUCACUGAAGAUGGUUUCCACUGCUGGAAAAAUGAGGAAUCUGAUUGUGUUUGUGGUGAUCCUUCAGCUGACAAUCACAACAGAAAGUAAUGGUGAAUUUAAGUUUGGAGAUAUAAUUGCCUUCCCACGUGAGCUUAAAUGUCCCUGCAAAACCUUUACCUAUAAGCACUAUGCUGUAUAUGUGGGUCCAAAAGAAAUGGAUGGUAAAAACAAGGAGCACAACAUAUUUCAACGCACAGGUCCGGUCAUAAGAUUGUUGCCAAAGCCGAGUCUUUCCGACUGUAUUUUCGAUACACUCAACACAGCAGAGACACACAUGAAAGACAACUACCUUGACACGCAUCCAAAAUUCAAAGUUGGAUCUGAAGACGAAAUAGCUGCACGAAUCACAGAGAAGCGUGGAAAAUGUGGAGUCUAUGGUCCCCGUGCCAACAACUGUGAACACCUUGCUACCUAUGUGCGCUAUGGAGUGUCGAUUUCACUGCAGCUCAACCAGGAUGCUGCAAAACACUGCAUAAAUGAUCCCACCCUCGAUAUUCAAGAAAUACGGAAGAUAAUAGGACCUGAUCCAGAGACAGCAUGUGAUACUUUGUGCUCCAAAGAACCCAACAGGGGUCCCGGUUAACAAGUGUCUUCCCAAUCCUGUCAGGCUGUGGCCUUUCCUCACGACAUGAGGUCUUAUUUGAA